GCUCGUCCAAGUCUCCGACAAACGACAACCGCACCUCAACCAGCUUAAUUGUAUAUCAUAUACAUCACCCAAAACCAAUCGCCGCCAUCAUGCAAUUCACAGUGUUGAUCGCCUUCGUGCUCGUAGCCGCCGCCGUCGCCUCCCCGAUCGCCGACAAGCCGGCCGCCGACAAGUCCGAAUCCGUCAAAGACAAACGCGCCAUCUACGGUUACGCUGUCGCCCCGUCAGUAUACCACGCUCCGGCCGUCUACCACGCACCGGCCGUCUACCACGCACCGACCGUCUACCACGCCCCGUCCGUGUACCACGCUCCGGCCGCCGUGUACCACGCACCGGCCGCCGUGUACCACGCACCAGCCGUCUACCACGCACCGGCCGCCGCCACUUCUUACUCCAGCGUCAGCAUCUCUCACCCGGCCGUGGUCGCCAGCGCCCCCGUCUACGCCCCGGCCCAUCCAGUGUACUACCACCGUCGCUGAACGGACGACAUGGUUACGAUCCUGAAAUUAUUGCUGCGCGUGUCAGAGACAGACCAACCGUCCAACUACGCUGCUGCAGUCGACGUGCCCGUCGAAAAUUUCGCAAUCUUUAAUCAUGCAUAAUAUUUAUACAAUUAAAUUAUUACGGUGUUGAAUUCAUCCACUAAAUAAUAAAAAUUUAUAUAUAUGUA